GAGCUGAAACAAAGACAGGAGGUUCAGUAAAGGAAUCUGUGAAUCGACUUUUCACAUGCUCCCUUGUUACAGACAACUUCGUGGAAAGCCGACGUCAGACAGACUACUAUGUACUGCAUGUGUACAGACACGCGUAAUCACGUAACUUUGGCUUUAGUAAAAGUCGCUGCUGUCUCCUUGAAGAUCUCACCCGGCUGCUUUCGCAUUUCCUGCCACUCGCAUAGUCUUUCAGACUUCUUAACUGGUCGCACCGGUUUGGUAACAAAUGGUGAAGGAAGUUGUGGAGCGAAAGGAAUUCUCUGCGCCGACCUCCGCCUCUUUUAAGUGUUGAAAUCCUUCACGGCGUCGUCACAACCGGCUCUCUGCAUAUAGGACGCCGCCGAGAAAUGGAAGCAUUUUUGAGGCGCUACCUGCCCUGCCUGGUAAAGUUAUGGGACUGGUUUUGGCCCCCUCCAGUUAACCUGUACAACCAAAACAUUGGCGUUCCUGACGGUCGCCGGGUGGAAAUCUCGAUCCUUCACAGUCCACCUGCACAGCCUAACCCGAUGUACACAGCGCUCUACGACUUCCAAGCGAGAACGGAGGACGAAAUGAGCAUAAAACAAGGAGAAACGCUCGAAGUGAUCGACACGUUGGGGGACUUUGUACGGGCUAAGAAGUUGUACGGAUCCACAGAGUCGGGACUGGUACCCGCCAACUACGUGACUUUGAUUAUCGACGAGUUCGCCAAAAACCCCUGGUAUUUUGGAGCAAUAAACCGCAAGGAUGCAGAGAGUCUGUUAAUGUCUUCUGCAAAUGCAUAUGGUGCAUUUUUAGUCCGAAUCAGUGAAAGCAAUGCUGAUGAAUAUUCCCUAUCAGCUCGUAAUCACACCAAAGUAAAUCAUUAUAGAAUAUCACGGACAGACAAUGGUGAUUACUGUAUUUCGAACCAAAAGACUUUCAAAUCUCUGGAGGAUCUGAUAGCAUUUCAUAAAAUCCAGUGGCAAGCAUUAGGUGUGGAAUUAUUAAGACCUUGUGCACAACAGAGGCAGUACUUACCAGAUUCCUGGGAGAAACCUCAUGAAGAGUUUGUUCUUAAAAAGAAACUAGGCGAGGGGCAGUUUGGUGAAGUCUGGGAGGGUCUUUGGAAGAAAGAAAAGAAAAAUGUAGCAAUCAAAAUGUUAAAACAAGAACACAUAGGUAAUGAUGAAUUUGGAAAAGAAAUACAGGCACUAAAGAAUCUUCAUCAUCCCAAGCUAAUUAAGUUGUAUGCAAUUUGUGCUGGCAAGGAGCCCAUUUACAUUGUUACAGAGCUAAUGUCUAAAGGCAGCCUCCUGUCAUUUCUUCAUUCUGAAGAGGGCAAAGCAUUAGCCACACCUAAACUGAUGUACAUGGCUGCUCAGGUGGCUGAAGGAAUGGCAUAUCUGGAAGAUCGAAAAAUAGUUCAUAGAGACCUAGCUGCUCGCAAUAUUCUUGUUGGGGAUGAGCUUAUUUGUAAAGUAGCAGAUUUUGGUCUUGCCCGUAUUAUUAAGGAUGACAUCUAUUUAGUAAGUGGUACCACCAAAAUCCCAAUGAAAUGGACAGCUCCAGAGGCUAUCCUGUUCCAGAAGUAUUCUAUAAAAUCUGAUAUUUGGUCAUUUGGAAUUCUUAUGUAUGAAAUUGUGACAUAUGGGGAAAUGCCUUAUGAAGGAAAGAAUAAUAAAGAAGUGGUUGAAAUGCUAAAUCUGGGUUAUAGAAUGCCUUGCCCAGUAAACUGUUCCAGUGAGGUUUAUACAAUAAUGUCAAACUGCUGGAAAGAAAAUCCUGAUGACAGACCAUCUUUUCAUCAUCUUCAGAGCCACCUUCAUGCCUUCAUUUCAAGGAUGCACAAAUAAAUGCAGGACAGCAUGAACUACUUGUCCAUGUAAACUGCUUCCCUUUAUCACUUAUUUAUCAUUCUUUAAAGACUCAGCUCUCGAGUUCUUGGAGAUUGUUCUUUCACUCUAGAUUAAAGAUGAACAUGCAGCCUCUAAACCUCUGAAAUGAACCUCUGUGUUCUUACAAGGAAUAUUUGAAUAACUUUGUAUGCCUAACCCUCUGGAUCUUGUCCUUUUUAAUUAUGAAAUUUUCUUCCCUAGGAGCUGUCAACAGUAUAAAAGACUUCUCAAACUGUACUGAAAGAUUUGUAAUUUUAAAGUUCAUUUGUCCAAUGGUACAGCAGAAAUUGCUUUAUUAAUACUAUUUUUUUUUUUAAUUUUAAGUUUACAUCUAAAUUAAAUUAUGAUUUUAAUUCCAACCCAAAUGGUAAAGGUGAUCAACUUCAAAUAAGGACUUAUUGAUGAGUAUUCCAAAUCUGUAAUACCUCACGCAGCUUCUCAGGGUAUGUGUUAAUUCCUUACAGUGAUUUUUUGCGGUUGUUUUUAAUUACUUUUGGCCCGUUCUUACAGGGUAUAGUAAAUAAUUAUCUAUCUCUAAAAUCAUUUUUGCAUUUGCAUUGAAUGAAUGUAAAGGAUGUAAAUGUAUGUGUAACUCUUUUACAUUAUCAGAAAUUCUUCUGGAAUAUGAAUUUCACAUAUUUUUAUAAUUUCUUUUUUAAAAAAUGUUCUUUUAUACCCAUUUUAUGUGUACUUUUUUGAAGAUGAAUG